CUACAACGCAAUAUAUACAACACAGUAUCUCUGAUUGGCCUAUAGCAUAGCAUCACAUUAUGAACGUGUCAAGGAAAACUAAGAUGGCCGAUUUGGUCAACUACCGCAUCAAAGUCACAACAUCGGACUCACGCCAACUAUCAGGCCAGUUGUUGUCCUUUGACAAGCACAUGAAUUUGGUUCUCGCCGACUGCGAAGAGUACCGCAUCACCAAAAAGUCGUUGCAGGAAUUGAAGGAAGCCAGCCGCAGCAACAAUUUGGCACCAACUAAGGUGACCGAGCAGAAACGUGUUUUGGGCUUGGUCAUCUUGCGAGGCGAGCAGGUGGUCAGUCUUGUCAUCGAGUCUCCGCCGCCAGCAGACCCUAGGACAAGGUUGGGCGCCACCACUGCUGGGUCCGGGACCAUUAAACAAUUCAAGAGCGCCGUUCCCGCACCGUCCGCUCUGGCCGCCAGUCUCGCUGCCCCUGUGAGAACCAACAAUUUCACCGGCGCCCCUAAGGUGUUUACCCCUCCUCCAGGUUUCCAAGGUGGUUUCAAGAGAUAGGUCCGGGAUGUGUAUAAUAGACGA